AUGGCUCCAUUCGAUCUCGCCAAAUGCGCGCGGCCCAAUAUCCUCAAAUUGCAGCCUUACCGGUGCGCCAGAGAUGACUACAAAGAUGAUGGGACGAACGUCUUGCUCGACGCCAACGAGAACGCCUACGGCCCCGAAAUUGAUUUCCUGGGUCUGAACCGUUAUCCGGAUCCUCACCAGGUCGAGUUGAAGAAGCUUUUCUGCCAGCUGCGCAACACCCACACCCACACCCAGAAGGACCUUGGGCCCGAGAACCUCUUCGUCGGUGUUGGAUCGGACGAGGCCAUCGAUGCGCUUUUGAGAUGUUUCUGUGUUCCUGGCAAGGAUAAGAUCCUCACUUGCCCUCCCACAUAUGGCAUGUACGGUGUCAGCGCACAAGUGAACGAUAUUGAAAUUGUGAAGGUGCCUUUGGAUGUGGACAAUGGCUUCCAACUGCAGCCGGAGAAGAUCAACGAGGCGCUUGCGGCAGACCCCUCGAUCAAGAUGGCCUACAUUUGCUCUCCCGGAAACCCCACCGCGAACCUGAUCAAGAAGUCCGAUAUUCAGAAGGUGCUGGAGCACCCGACGUGGAACGGAGUGGUGGUUGUCGACGAGGCGUACAUUGACUUUGCUCCUGAGGGCUCUAGUCUGGCUGAAUGGGUUACUGAGUGGCCCAACCUGGUGGUUAUGCAAACGCUGAGCAAGGCGUUCGGUUUAGCGGGUAUCCGCCUGGGUGUUGCGUUCACGAGUCCUCCGAUUGCAACUCUCCUCAACAGCCUCAAGGCCCCGUACAACAUCUCUAGCCCAACCAGCGCACUUGCCACGGCGGCUCUCUCUCCGACCAACAUGGCGGUUAUGAAGAAGUACCGGGAGAAGAUUAUUGUCCAGCGGGACCGGUUGGUGCAGGAGCUGCCCAAGAUUCCGGGUGUCGGCCGUUUCCUUGGCGGCCAAGAAGCCAAUUUCCUCCUGGUCGAGAUGCUAGAUAAGCCGGCUAGCGAGGGCGGCAAGCCUAGCAACAAGACCGCGCUGGCUGCUUACGAGGCCAUGGCCGAGAAGAGGGGAGUGGUGGUGCGGUUCCGUGGCAAGGAACUUGGCUGCGAGGGUUGCCUGCGAAUCACCGUAGGAACCGAGCAGGAAGUCACCAAGUUCUUGCAGGAAUUGCGGGUGGUCCUGGACGGCAUUCUCAAGGGGGUGGACAUUCAGUCCCUGAGGGAGUAG